GAUUUUUUGUUUGGAAAGAAAAAGACACCUGCUGAACUACUUCGACAGCAUCAACGUAGUCUUCAAAAAGCACAGCGUGAACUAGACAGAGAAAGAGAACGUCUUGAAAGACAAGAGAAAAAGUUGAUUCUCGACAUCAAGAAAUCAGCCAAAGAAAACCAGAUGGGUGCAUGUAAAGUCAUGGCCAAAGAUUUAGUUCGUACAAGAAGACAUAUACAGAAAUUCUAUUCGAUGAAGACACAACUUCAAGCUGUUGGUCUACGUAUUCAGACCAUGAGUUCAAGUCAUCAGAUGGCUCAGGCCAUGAAGGGUGCGACAAAAGCUAUGGGAUCCAUGAACAGACAAAUGAAUUUACCUCAAAUACAAAAGAUCAUGAUGAAUUUUGAAAAAGAAAGUGAGCUGAUGGACAUGAAAGAUGAAAUGAUGGGAGAUGCUAUUGAUGAUGCUUUUGAAGAAGAUGAAGAUGAAGAAGAAAGUGAAGAGAUUGUCAACAAAGUGCUUGAUGAGAUAGGCAUUCGUUUAAAUCAAGAGUUGGAGCAAGUCCCUACGGGUUCACCCCAAUUGACUUCUUCUAAACAUGAACGUAUAGCAGAAGGUUUAUCUGAUGAUGAUGCUGCCUUACAAGCAAGACUAGAUAACUUGCGUAGAGAAUAA